AUUAUAUCCAAACCCAAUGAACCAGCUCGCCAGCAUGAAAGCCACCCUGAGGAGACAGAAGAAGAGUUACGGGAACACCAAGCCCUUUUGGAGGAGCCAUACAGCGACAGAGUCACAAGCCAAAAGGAGGCCCCAGGGCUGGCCAACAUGGUGCAAGUGAAGCAGGAACCCAUCGAGAGCGAUGAGGAGGAAGCAGAGCCACAGCAGGAGCUGGAGUCUGGGCAGAGGCAAGCUGAGCAGGAGCUGCUCUUCCGUCAGCAAGCCCUUCUGUUGGAGCAGCAACGCAUUCACCAGCUGAGAAACUACCAGGCAUCGCUGGAGGCAGCAGGCAUGCCUGUCUCUUUCGGAGGACAUCGGCCUCUGUCCCGUGCACAGUCCUCUCCUGCCUCUGCUACCUUCCCAAUGUCUGUACAGGAGCCACCCACUAAGCCAAGAUUCACAACAGGCCUUGUAUAUGACACCUUGAUGCUGAAACACCAGUGUACCUGUGGAAACACCAACAGCCACCCGGAGCACGCGGGGAGGAUCCAGAGCAUCUGGUCCCGGCUCCAGGAGACAGGUCUCCGUGGCAAGUGUGAGUGCAUUCGUGGAAGAAAAGCAACUCUAGAAGAGCUACAGACAGUUCACUCAGAAGCCCAUACGCUGCUGUACGGCACAAACCCUCUGAACAGACAGAAAUUGGACAGCAAGAAACUUCUAGGUUCUUUAACGUCGAUGUUUGUCAGGCUUCCUUGCGGUGGUGUCGGGGUGGACAGUGACACAAUUUGGAAUGAGGUUCACUCAUCUGGUGCCGCUCGCCUGGCCGUGGGCUGUGUCAUUGAGCUCGUGUUCAAAGUAGCCACAGGAGAACUGAAGAAUGGAUUUGCUGUUGUUCGGCCUCCAGGUCACCAUGCAGAAGAGAGCACACCCAUGGGUUUCUGCUAUUUUAACUCCGUGGCAAUCGCAGCCAAGCUGCUCCAGCAAAGACUGAAUGUUAGCAAAAUCCUUAUAGUGGACUGGGAUGUUCACCACGGGAAUGGUACUCAGCAAGCUUUCUACAAUGAUCCUAAUGUUCUUUAUAUUUCACUACAUCGCUAUGAUGACGGGAACUUCUUUCCAGGCAGUGGUGCACCCGAUGAGGUUGGCACAGGAGCAGGAGUUGGUUUCAAUGUUAACAUGGCCUUUACUGGUGGCCUUGAUCCACCGAUGGGAGACACAGAAUACUUAACUGCUUUCAGAACGGUGGUAAUGCCCAUUGCCAAUGAAUUUGCCCCAGAUGUUGUGCUGGUGUCAUCUGGUUUCGAUGCGGUGGAAGGCCAUCCCACACCUCUUGGAGGAUAUAAUCUAUCAGCAAAAUGCUUUGGGUACCUGACGAAGCAGCUGAUGGGCCUGGCCGGAGGCCGCGUUGUCCUGGCCCUCGAAGGAGGCCACGACCUGACCGCCAUUUGUGAUGCCUCAGAAGCGUGCGUUUCUGCUUUGCUGGGAAAUGAG